AUGCCUAUGUAUCAUUUUGAACUUGCUAUUAAGCUUACCCAAACCCAAAAGCUGGCUUUGGUCCGAAAGAUCACCGACUGGCACGCAACCACGUUCAGGUCGCCGCGGUUCAUCGUCAAUGUUCGUUUUAUUGAUGUGUCCCAAGGCCUCUUGGCGGAUUCCUACAUUGGCGGCGCCCAAAGACAAAUCAACCGCCUUUUCGUCAGUCUCCGAAGUGGUGCUGGCCGCAGCCAAGAGCAGCUUGAAGGCAUGGCCGACAAGCUAGAGGGGUUCUGGAAUGAAGCCGUCGGCAAAGAGUCUAUUGCGCAGCAGCUCAGGGGAGUUUUCAUCAUGGGAGAAUUGGAUGUUGCAAAAGAAGCAGGAUUCCACCUCCCUCUACCUGGCCGCUUCGAGCAGUGGGUAAAAGAUAACACUGAUGAGUUUCACCGCUUGGCAGAAGAGGGCGACCCCGAUGCCGCACAAGUUGUUGAAGAGAUGAAGGUCAGGCCCGAAUUUCAGAAAUAA